AUGGUCGUGCUUCCGAAAAAAGUAAAAAUAAUUUUAUCAAAUGCUCGAUUAGGUCGUCUUAUUUGUCAAACCAACUCAUAUGCAGCACUACUUCGUGAUAAAGAAAAAUUUCAAUUACGAAAUGAACUUGAUAAUAUUAAAUUAGAUAAUCAAGAGUUAGAACAACAAUUAAAUCAUGUAAUGAAAUUACUGGAUCAUGAAUAUGAAUCACAAAAACAAUUUGUUAUUCUUCUUUCAAAUGAACAUGAACUUGAACGUGAAUAUCAUAAAGAAUAA